AUGAGUUUCCAUAUGGAAUCAUCAACUACAUUCCGGUUCAGAGACCACCACCAACCGGAGGAUGCAACCGAGUCCGAUACAGGCUCCGAUAUCUCGUCUGUUUCCAGUGACAGAGGUGAAGAACCAGAGAUGGAGUCAAUGACUGGAAAGGGGAUUGGAAGGCUUUGUAUGGAAUUACUGGAAAUAAAAGAAGCUUUUGAUGAGGAUUUUCAUGCCAAUAUCCUUGCUAACUACUCUGCUUUUUUCGGAAUACAUGAGGAGGUAAAAGACAUGGAAAAGGAAUUAAUGCAACUAAAAACCCAUGUUUCAAUGCAAAAAAAGCUUGUAAAAGACCUGAUCAAUGGCUUAUAUCUCAACGUUUUAUCAGAGGAGAUAAUAGAGUCAGCAGAUGAACUUAUAUUUGAUGAAUCAUUUCCUACAAAUGGACUGGAAGUUCAUAUCAGAAAUGUUUCAGAAACACUAGACAUGCUUAUUUCUGAAAACAGAAUGGAUGAGGCCAUAUCGAUUAUAGAAAUGGAGCAAGAAAAUUUACAAAAACUACAUCUUGAAGAUGAAAUUUCAUCAGAUUCAUUAAGUUUAUAUAGCGACGCAAUUUCUGAGCGAAAAACCAUGCUAAUUCUGCAAUUAUCUCUUGUCGCUGAAAAUUCAAGAACAUAUGCUCCAGAACUACAGAAGGCAUUAUUUGGCAUUUGUAGAUUAGGAAACAGUAAUCUAGCAACUAAGUUACUGCUGAAAUAUUACCGCUCUCGUAUUGCUUCAGGAAUACACAAAUUUCAGAGAUCAAACACAUGUUUUCAAGGAUUCCCUACUAAAGAACUAACAAGAUUUGUGUUUUCCAUGAUUUCUCAAGCAGCAAAAGCCUUUGUCAUGCUUUAUGGAGAAACAUCUUCCUAUGCAUCAGAAUUUAAUCAGUGGGUUCAACAAGAAAUCGAGGUCUUUUCCGUUACUUUUACUAAAUUUAUUGAGUCCAUCUCAGAUAUAAGUGGCAGGCUGUCGACAGUAAUAGAAGCUGUGCAAUUUGCUAUGUCAUGUUGCUUGUUACUAGAAACUCAAAGACUGGUGUUGCAGCCAUUGUUGAUCAAGAAUCUUCGAACUUGUAUGGAAGACGUUUUCGUGAAACAUAUUGAUCAUUUCAAGAAAGUUAUCAGCAUAUUUACAGCUAAUGAUUCUUGGGUUUUAGGCAGAUAUCUUGUAUCUGGAAUUUUAAAUGAAGGCUACUCUUAUAUAGUUGUUGGACAACAACCGGAAUAUUGCCUGCUCACAAACAGUGGUCGAAAGUUAGUAACUUUAUUGCAGGCUAUAUCAAAAGAUGUUACUCCUUUAGCUACCUUUCAUAUGGAAAGUUCUGUUCUGACAGGAAUCAGAAACCUCUUCAUGGAGUAUAUAGCCAUCCUUAGAAAAGCCAUAACUUAUGGUGUGAAUGUGUUGGAAAAAGGUGGUUCAGAAGUAAUUCUGGCAGAAUCAGUGCCUCAACAAGUUUCUAUUCUAGCAAAUUUAUCGACACUUGAACAUUUCUUCUCGAGCAGUGUUAGUUACAUUUUUAGAGAAAGAAGGCGGUUCCAUUGGUAUUCAGCAGCAGGAACUUGA